AUGGCCGAGGGGUCAGCCAAGCGAAGUGCCUCCCCGGCAAUCUCCCCGCCUCCAAUGCGCCGAAAAGUCGAUACAGUAACCAAGAAGUCAGCACCCAACUUCUUUACACCGGCAUCACAGAAGAAACCUGCUCCGAUCACAUGGCGCGUGAUUGGGACGAGUGUCGUCAUCGGAAAACAGAACACGGGCAACCAAGUCCCAGCAGACAAACAGCGCCGCAUCGCCGGGUUUGACCUGGAUUCGACGUUGAUUAAGACGAAAUCCGGAAAUGUCUUCCCCAAAUCUGCGACAGACUGGCAAUGGUGGAGCAUCAAAGUCCCAGGGCGGCUGAAGGAGCUCAACUCAGAAGGUUAUCAAGUCGUCAUCUUCUCAAAUCAGAAGAAAAUCAGCGUCCAGAAAGAUAUCAAGGGCGGGCGCAGUGACUCCAAAAGUCUCACCAACUUCAAGGAGAAGAUGGAGGCUGUGAUGACCGAAUUGGACUUUCCGUUCAGCGUCUAUGCUGCCACAACAGAUCCCGAAUAUCGAAAGCCUCGUCUUGGCAUGUGGCGCGAGUUCCUGGAUGAUUAUGAUCUCGAUAUUGCGGGUGUUGAUCUUCCUGGGUCAUUCUUUGUCGGUGACGCUGCCGGUAGACCGGGGGAUCACUCGGCUGUUGAUCGGGGCAUUGCUACUAAUAUAGGCCUGCCUUUCAAGACACCAGAAGAGUUCUUCCUGGGACAAGCUGCUGAGCCAGCCACGGGGUCGUUCGAUCCUAUAUCGUAUAUGAAGGAUGAUCUUGAGGAGCCAGCCAAACCCUUUUCUCGUAAACACCCCGUCGAACUCGUCAUCUUCUGUGGUAGCCCAGGUGCUGGAAAGUCCACUUUCUACUGGAACCACCUCGAGCCUCUUGGCUAUGAGCGAGUGAACCAAGAUAUCCUCAAGACACGCCCGAAAUGCCUCAAGGUGGCCCGCGAGCUUUUGCAGGAUAAAAAAUCAGUGGCGAUCGACAAUACAAACGCCAACGAAGAAACACGAGCCUACUGGGUCGAACUGGCAAAAGAAUUCAAUGUACCCAUCCGCUGCGUUCAAUUCAUUUCCACUCCAGAUCUGUGCCGGCACAAUAACGCUGUACGCGCCUCAAACAAAGAAUUGAACCCCGAGGCCCGAACGUCCCUCCCUGGAAUUGCCUUCGGUGACUUCGGACGCCGCUUCAGUGCCCCCAAAAUAGAAGAGGGCUUUGACGACAUUAUCCCUGUGGAAUUCCAAUUCCGAGGGAGUAAAGAGGCGAGGGAGCUAUGGGGGCAGUACUGGAUUUGA